AUGGCUUAAUUUCAUAAAGGCUUUACAUGGACAUAAUGUAAGAGUACUUUGAAAACAAAAACUACCUUCAUCAAUUUAAGACAAACUGUGACUCCUAAUCAAGGACCAGUUUUAUUGAAGAUUGAUACCGAGAGAGAAUUGAAAUAUACAAAUGAUCUAGGAUGGAAUUGGCAUAAGAGCUGGAAUAUUCCAAACAUUUCUGUAAAAAUUUCAUUAUAGAAUGAAGAAUGCACAUAAUGGAUCAAUUGCUAGGUUUAAUUACUGGCAGUGAAGAUGUUAUAGAAUGAUCUCUUUGAAGAAGUAGGAUUAGAAGGAACAACAUAAUACGACAUUAUAGAUGGUAAAGCCUUCUUUUCGGGCGUAAAAUUUAAUAGCACAACUUACAAUCACUAAGGACAUAGAUUUCAGUUAUUAAUAUUAGUGAAAGAGAGAGAGAACAUCAUUCUAGGGUUAUAAUCACCACCAGUUUUUGUCGACAGUAGAAAGAGUGCUCGCGAUGAACACAGACAAAUCUAAUAUAUCCAACCUUUCGAACCUAGUUAUCUAGAACGCAACUUCUGCAAAAAAGAAAAACAUUUUAACGAUGUAGUUGACGCUCCAAUUGAAAAUAAUGAAAAUGGAUUACACAAUUAUUUAACAGCCCCAAAUAUUAGAAAUAAAAUAAAACAUCCCUUAUUUAUGGCACUCAAGUUCUCCAGAUGUUUAAAUAUCUACUAUUAAAAUAAUUUAGAAACUGAUAAUUAUCUAAUUGAGUUUUAAAAACAAUUAAUGUCAAAAUAUCAAUAAUCUCAAUACACCAUCGUCUUUUAAUCCAAUAACAAUAGAAUUAGAAAGAAGAUUGAGGAAUCCUUAACUCAACUUUUUGGCCAAAGUAUGAUAUCCGUUGUUGAAAGAAAAUAUCUUGAUGAAACCUAAUUUAAGAAGCUCGAAUUUUCAUCAGAUGAUUAUUCAUCAAUCUAUCCAUAACUAUAAGAAUUAAUGAAUCAAUAUUCAUAAGAUCAAUUCAACUAAUCCGUGAAAUAAUAAUAAGAAUAAGAAUAAUAAUAGGAAUAAUAAUAAGAUAUGAAUAUAGAAGAAGAAUAAUAAUAAUAAUAACAAUAACAAUCUAUUCAAACUGAACAACCUAUUCAAUAACAACUUCCUAAAAUAUUAACUCAUUCAGAAAGAAAAUCUGCAUUUACAAAAUAUCUUGAUAAAUUACCAACUAAAAACUUCGAGGAAGAAAAAUAAGAAUAAUCAAAGAGAAUGGAAAAACUCAAUAACAUUCGAGAAAUGGAAAACUAUGAUAAAGUUUAAAAACUAGUCAAGGUUGAAGAAGAACUCAAUUAAAAUAGAACUUAAUAUUAAUAAUAUUACUAAUAAUAAUAGUAAUAAUUAUAAUAAUAAUAAUAAUCAUACGCACCAAUUAAUUCUUUUUCAAUCCUACUCUAAUAAAAAUUGUAAGAAUAGAUCUUGUAGUAUUAUUUUAUCUAAUAGUAGCUAAUGCUACUCUAAAAGCCCCCUUCUGUGUGAUAUAUUUCUAUAUUGAAUCAUAUAAAUAUUAACUUAAUAUAU